GACACCAAUGUCACCACUUUUUUUGAACAUUAAUGCACAUUUUUAGUUUCACAUUAUUUAAUUUUAUACUAUUAUCAUUCAUUUCAAAAGUAUCCCCAAUGCAUCAUCACAAUAAUAAACCCAGUCAUCCGAAAAUAUUUGUUUCUUUAAGACCAAAAAGAUAUAUUUUUCCAAGAGAUACCAAAGAAUUGGCACCAUGUGACGAUAAAGAAUUAAUUCGUUUUCUGGCAGAUUUAAAAGCAAUAAAUCCAGAAAGUAUCGUACUUUUCGCUACGGAAUCUGAUGUGCCCGGCACAUGCAAAGUAUUAACUGAUAAAUUAGAUGAACUCGAUGAUUUCUUAGGAACGUGUAAAGUUGCAACACGAAAUCUUUAUAUUCAAUUAAUAAGAGGGGUGGACGCUUUAUACGAUUUUUUAUGUAACUCAACCGAUGGAAAUGUUUAUAAAAAUUUUUUCCCCUGUUAUAAUGCUCUACAUAACGAUUACAGUUCUUGCGUUGGUCCCGGAGAUUGGAUGGAAUACAGUGACCGUAAUCAACUUUGCAAUUGAUUUUAGUGCUUAUCAAGAUAUUACAGAUUGUUACUAUGUGAAAACUGCAAAAGUUUGUGGAUUAAGAGCAGCGAGAGCAAUGAAAAAAUUGAAUCUUUAUGUAAUCAAUAAAACUCUUUGUAAACAAUGUAUGAACACUUAUCCUGAUCCUUUGGUUCCCGAUGCUAACACCAAAGAAUUUUUUGUACAACCUAGUAUGUAUAGUAGAAAAUCUGGAACAAAAAAUGUUACGUGUAGUCGUGUAAUAUUAAUAAGUGUUUUUAUCUAUACUUUUAUUGUAUUAGAUUGUGUUUAAUGCACAAAAAAAAAUAAAGUAAUGUUUAACUG